AACUUAUGUCGGGACUGCCCACGGACAGAAACUGCGUGAGAAUCCUUUAAGCAACAUCGUCCACAUUCUCACUUUUUUGGACACUCGAAAAAAUAGGGUCGGUUCCCCAUGUCAAGCUCAUCAAGCUGAGAUAUUCAAAUCAUGCUUGGUCUACGUGGUCGGCGGUUGGAACGGCACCAGAGAUAACAUCUAGAAGGAUAAGCCACCGAAGCUGCGACGUUUGCUUCGAGGCUGCGCACGACCUUCGCCGACGCUGUGACAAAGCUCCGACAUGUCGACGUCGGUGUCGGCAUCCACUCCUAGAGGGGAGGCCGUCCCUCCACCCACAAUCCUCACCCCGCAAUCUAGUAGCGAAGACUCACCGGUCGGCGGCGGCGGCGGUGGUGGUGCAACGAGAACGUCAAAGACGAGCCUCGACUUCCGUCAGGACUCGGUCGAGUUGAGAAGACUACAUCACCAUCAUCACGAUGAUCCUGCACCCGCAGAAGACAAAGAGGAUGUCAGUGGUGGCGAGAGUGAAGACGAGACCAGACCGACGAGGAGGCGCAUCAGAAGAGUAGGAACGCUUUCGAAAGAAUAUACGGACGAGGAAGAAAGGGCCGUUUUGCGCAAGCUCGAUCGUAAACUGGUCCUGUUUCUGGGCUUUUUGUACAUGUUGAGUUUUCUAGACCGGUCGAAUAUAGGUAACGCACGCAUCGCCGGGUUGGAAAAGGACCUCUCCCUCUCAUCGUCCCAGUACGACUGGUUGCUCACGGCGUUCUACAUCACGUACAUCGCGUUCGAGUGGAUGAUCCUCCUCUACCGACACGUCCCCGCCCACGUGUACAUUGCCCUCUGCGUCCUUUCGUGGGGCGUGGUCGCCAGUCUACAGAGUUUGACGACCUCGUUCGGCCAGCUCUUGAUCCUGCGUGGCCUCCUGGGGGUCACCGAGGCUGCGUUCGGCCCCGGGGUGCCGUUUUUCAUGACCCACUUCUUCAAGAGGUCCGAACUGGCGUACCGGGUCGGACUUCAGAUCGCCGCGGCUCCCCUGGCGACGAGUUUCGCGAGCUCGUUGGCGUACCUGAUCGUCGCGACGAGUCAGAAUGGGCCCAUCGCGCCCUGGAGGGCCUUGUUCCUCGUCGAGGGCUUCCCGUCCGUCCUCGCGGCCGUGGCGGCUUGGUACUACAUCCCGGACUCACCGGGAAAGGCUCGAUACCUCACACCUCGAGAACGAAAGGUGGCCGUUCUCAGACUCGGGUCCGAGCAACAACAACAUCAGACGACGACGACGUCGUCCUCCUACAGGUCGGAUCACGGAGCGACAUGGUCUCAGCGACUUGAUCUGCACGAGAUCCGAUCGACCGUCCUGGAUCCAAAAUCGUACCUCUCGGCGUUGAUGUUUUUGAGCGUCAACGUGUCAUUCAGCUCCCUGCCCGUGUUCCUCCCGACCAUCAUCAACAGCAUGUCCUUUUCGCCGCUGGCGUCUCAAGCGCUGGCCGCCCCGCCUUACCUGUUCGCCUUCUUUUUCGUCCUCGUCGUGGGACGGUACAGCGACAAGGUCGCCGACUCGAGGUCGCUGUUCUUGAUCGGGGUGGCCUUGCUGAGCGCCUUUUCCUACGCCGGGAUAGCCGUCGCCGGGUACCUGCACGAGUCGCUGGGCGAGGCCGGGAGCAUCACGAUCCGCUACGUCGCCGUGUUCGGCGCCGCCAUGGGGCUGUUUUCCUCCGUCACCCUGAUCAUCACGUGGACCCUGAACAACCAGGCCACGUCCGCCGGCAAGGGCACCGGCCUGACCAUCCUCAACGUCGUGGGCCAGUGUGGCCCCCUGAUCGGCGUGCACGUCUUUCCCAAGAGCCAGGGCCCACUGUACGUGCAGGGUAUGGCCGUCUGUGCGGGGUUCAUGGCCUUCGGAGUCGCGGGCGUGGCUUUCGUCCUGAGGUUGGUACUCGACAAUGCCAACAGACGACGCGGUCUUGAAAACGACCUCACCAAAGCAGGAGAGUAUGAGCUGACGGAAAGCUUUGGACCCAAGGAGGCCCGUCGAGACGGAAGAGGGGGUGAUCAUGAUGAUUCGGAUGUCGAAGAGACACUCAUUGGAGGCGCUAGAAAGGUCUUUGGUGGUGACAAGGCCGGUUUUCGAUAUAUGCUUUGAUCUUUUUGUUAUAUCAGAGUACUUAUCGAAUAUACAGAACGCAGAAUAGCAGAAUACAGAGUGCU